GACGCUUGGGCCUGAGGCUAAGGAUCGCACGUUCCGGGUCGGACCGAAAAAUUAGAAUAAUUAGGGUUUUGUUUGCAACAUGAGCUAGUCGAGACAAGUUGUUGUCCAGUUUGUGGUGAUAUGGCGAAGAACAGGAACAAGAAGAAGAAUAAGAAUGAUUCAACAUCAAUGGAUGUUACUACAUCUACUCAACCUAAAGCAGUAAAUGGACCUCAAUCUAUGGACACUUCAGAAAAUAUUGUUUCCGAUCAACCUCGUACAGCUUCGAUCAGAAAAGUGAAGGGGGUACAGAUGAAAAGAACGAAGAAUGUCCGGAAAAUGAAAGCCAUAGCAAAAGCUGUAUCUCGGACAGAGAAGUCAGCUACCAAAGUUUUGAAGAAUGAAAGCAAGACAUUGAGAACUCAAUCGGCCAAGAAGCUAUAUGACUGAAUUACUUUUGUGGGUAGUCUUAUAUACAUUUUCAAAAUUUCAAUGUGUAUUUCUUUUGGUAAGUUCAAUUUGUAUCGUUUAUAUGCACAGCCUUUUUAUCUUUUGAAGAGCUUUUAGCAUGUAACUUGAGCUAUUUGAUGCCACAGUCUGUAGACUAGACCAUCAAAAAGAUUCUAUGUAGUAAAUUCUCACUAAUAUAAUACAAGUCCUGCCAUUUUCAACA